AUGCUACUGACUGCCGCUGCACAGGUGGUUCCGCUUGUGCUAAAAGUAUAUGCCUGCAUAGUAGGAGAUGCUGAACUCUUCCAUCGACUCUUUGCUUUGCUAGUUCAGAAAUUCCACUCUGAUUCACUACUUGAUAGGCGUGGUUUUCUGAUAGUGAGCAACCUAUGUGCUCUCUUGAAUGCAGAACAGGUUUAUCGUAAGUUUUCCUCACUAAUAGAGGGAGAAGAUAACUUGGAAUUUGCAUCUGAAUUUGUGCAGAAACUAAAUUCUAUUUUAAUCACCUCAUCCUACUUGGCUGACAUGCGCGCUCUUUUAAAGCAAACAUUAGUAAAUGCUGCUGGCAAAGAUUUGUUUCUUUCAUUAUAUUCUUCUUGGUGCCAUUCCGCACGUGCAACAAUAAGUCUGUGCCUUCUUUCUCAGGUAUAUCAUCAUGCAAAUUGUGUAAUCCUGUCAAUGGUGGAAGAGGAUAGAAUGAUGAAGCCCUUGAUAGGGGCAACCAUUGUGGUCUUUUGGCUGGAGCUUCCUAGUUUUGCUCACAUUAAGCAGCAGCUUCUUGAGGAUCGGAUGUCUGUAUGGUUGAAGAAGUUGUUAUAUCGUCUCAUUAUGUUGUUGCCGCGGGACAGUAAAGCCUUCGAAUUGUUGUCGGAAAGUUUGGGAAGCUUACCAAAACAUAACUCCGUCGGUACUCAGUUUGAGUGUGCAUCUUGCGGCAACCAACACCUGGAGACUCUACAACUAGCUGAUCCAGAUGAUGAGAACCAAGAUAUUGGGAAUACAAAGGAUGCCAUCAACUUUGCUUCUCUGCUCGAAAAGUUUAUGCACAUACAGCGCAAAUUUUUUAAUCAUCUCAAAACAAAAAUGCUGCUGCAGCGCCACAAGUCAGCUUCCUCGUCAUAAAAGAAAACUGUUCUCCCAGAACAAGCCAAAACCAGGGCGGGAAGUGACGCGAAGCAUAUAACACUGCCAAUCCCGCAUUCAAUCCUCGAUGAUUCAACGUCAAAACCCUAAUCUUGGGCUGUUCUCUCUCGUUUUCUCACUGGGAAUGAUCGAUUGAUCUUGAAAUCCAAGAAGUUCAGUAUGUUGGCUCCAUCCUCCAAGCAUCUGCUCAACAAAUUGGCCGAAAUCCCCUCCGAUGUCUUCUGGAACAUCGGAGAUGAAGACCUCGACAC